GGUGAUUUGACGGGUUUCGGUUGGUGAACACUAGGCGGAGUUCACAGCUCGUCUCAGCGGUUCCGUUAUGAAUUAAUCAUGUAAAUCUGCGGAGCAGCAGAGACCACUGGCCCUGCAAACGGAUGACCAAUCAAUACGGGCGGUCCUUCACACCCAGUUUGCGCCAGUUUCCAACAGUCUCACUUGAGAACAUAAAAGCCCGAGAGCACAUCAGGAUCAUGUCUCAGUGUGCUGAAUAACCGUGCUUCAGCGCUGAUUGACCAGCUGCGCACCUGUUCUACUCCCGGAAGUGGUGACGAGGUUUUUCCACACGCAAGCGUUGACGCCUGGUAACGUUAUGUCUCGCGGUUCAGGAAUCAUUCCGGAUGAAUCCACGUUUAAUGAGUUCAAAAGACAGUGCUUGUCCACGGAGAACUGGCUCAGUAAGUAUGAUAAAAACGACAUGGAGGUCUGGGUCGAGGUGGCCCCUUUAUCUGCUUCCACAAACAACAAAGGGAACUAUUCCAAAGUGCACAAAAUCAAGUGUAGGAUAAACAUAAAGGAUGUAUCGGCUGCUAGCAUGUAUGACGUGCUUCAUGACAGCGUGUACCGGAAGACGUGGGACCCUACAAUGCUUGAGAGUUUCGACAUUGCUCGCCUGGCUCCUAAUGCUGACGUGGGCUAUUAUUCAUGGAUCUGCCCGAAGCCAUUGAAGAACAGAGAUGUGGUGACCUUGCGCUCAUGGCAGGCAUCUGGAAAUGAAUAUGUGAUCGUUAACUUCUCCGUGAAACAUCCGAAAUUUCCCCCACGGAAGGAUCUGGUAAGGGCCGUUUCCCUUCUGACGGGUUACCUGAUCCAACCAACGGGGCACAACAGCUGCAUUUUCACGUACCUCUCACAAGCUGAUCCCAAAGGUUCUCUUCCGAAGUGGGUUGUCAACAAAGCAUCUCAGGUCUUGGCUCCAAAAGUCUUAAGAAGCGUCCAUAAAGCCGGUCAGAACUACCCUGCGUGGAAAGCGGCAAAUUCUCCAGAUCAUAAGCCGUGGCUGUAUCCCAUACAGAGUGAACUGCCCUUGAUGGAUCCAGCAGAGCUGUCCAUCCAGCGCGGAGACUCGCUCGAGAACGUGGAUGAGAGCUCGACCAGGGAUGCUCAAGAGAAUGAGGACAGCAGCUAGAACUUCCAAACUCUGGUUUGUGUGACCGGGUCAGCCCAGUUACCUCUCACCCCACUUAUAGCUUACAACAUUCAACAUUAACAUUGCUCCUUCACGUUCACCGAGUAAGUGUUUACAGUCACUGGUGCACAGAUCUGCUCAUUCCAUUACCCUUGUCUGAAUUUCUUUCGCCAUUGUGCGUGCGAUAGUGGUGCUUAUUUGAACAAAAGAAAAUACUUUGCAGUUCUGCCUUUUUAAUUUAAUUAAAAAAUCCUUUUGAAGGUGGUUCAUUCUUAAAUGAGACCUUUUUUGCAUCUUUAAUUUAUUACUAAAUAAUUUUGGUAAGGCAAAUUUAAUUCAAUACAUGUUAUUGAACUCUUUUUUUUUUUUUAUUAUUAUUAUUUCUUUAUAAAUCUAGUUAAACAUGGAAUCUUUGUUUUAAGUCACCAUGGUUGGGGAUAAAUUCCUCUAAAUGUCAUCCUUUUGUGUUUGUGUAUUUAUAUCUCUGUGCCUUUUCAAAGAGGUGUGUCUGUAAUGGCAUGAGUGAAAAUGAUUGACACCAAGUAAACGUGGGAGAAAACCUGCAUUAAAGGCCCUGUAAUAUGACCAAAGUGGUCCAAGACCCAGUGUGGUAUUACCUCAACGUUUCUUACUUGAAGUGGUUUUAGUUCAUUUGCCUGUAACAGGCAGAAGAAAACAGAAGGCAGAGGAAUGUAAUGAGGGCUUUUCUGUACUUCUGUUAUGUAUGUGCCCUUGAACAUGAAAGAAAACGUCAUUAGCAAUAUCAUGAAACCAGUGAAUCAAAGUUACCCAUACUUUUGAUAGAUGUUUUUUUUUUUUUUUUUUUCUGAGGAAGGAUGGAUAUGUAAAUUUGUGUUUUUGAUAACUUGAGUUUUAUGUAUGUGAAGUCCUAACUCAAUGAAGGGUAAUAUGGUUUUACACUUUAUAAAUUUUAAAUAAAUUCUGUUCAAAAUGC